AAGGAGAAAGGUCCCCCAUUUUCCCGCCAACCCUAGACAGAGCAAAGGGGAUGCGAUAGCACUGAGCAGUUGCUCACUCUCUCGAACUCUCAGUCGCCGUCGUCGCCGACCUUCUCUUCUCUUCUUGCAGAAUACAAAAUGGACGUCAGCGAAGAAGUUAGGGCAGUUCACCGGCGAGAUCUCCUUGCUUUCUUGGAAGAUGGCAUAUACAUGGACGAAAUCAAGGCCGUCCUCAACCACAACCGCCGCCGCCUCAUUGUCGACAUCUCCGAUCUCCACUCCUACGGUGACAUUGGUUCCAGGAUUCUGAGAAAUCCAAGUGAUUAUAUGCAAUCCUUCAACGACGCGGCCACUGAAAUCGCCAACAGGAUCGACCCGAGGUACCUGAAGCAAGGAGAACAACUUCUGGUGGGGUUUGAAGGCGCUUUUGUCUCGCGCCGUGUCACACCGAGAGAUCUGCUCUCCGAGUACAUUGGUUCCAUGGUCUGCGUCCAAGGCAUUGUCACCAAAUGUUCACUUGUGAGGCCAAAAGUUGUUAAGAGUGUUCACUUCUGCCCUACUACUGGAAACUUCACCUCUCGAGAAUACCGAGACAUUACAUCCAACAUGGGUUUGCCUACAGGAUCAGUUUAUCCUACAAGUGAUGAAAAUGGUAACUUGUUGGUGACUGAGUACGGACUGUGCAAAUACAAAGACCAUCAAACUUUAUCCAUGCAAGAAGUUCCUGAGAACUCUGCUCCUGGUCAGCUUCCGCGGACAGUGGAUGUCAUAGUUGAGGAUGACCUUGUUGAUUCAUGCAAACCAGGAGACCGUGUUGCGAUUGUAGGGAUAUACAAAGCUCUUCCUGGUAAAAGCAAGGGAAGCGUAAAUGGAGUAUUCAGGACUGUUCUCAUAGCGAACAAUGUUUCGCUGCUCAACAAAGAAGCAAAUGCACCAAUUUACAGUCCUGAUGACAUAAAGAACAUAAAAAAGAUAGCAGAAAGAAGUGAUACGUUUGACCUGCUUGGGAAUUCAAUUGCACCCUCUAUUUAUGGACAUUCAUGGAUAAAGAAAGCAGUAAUAUUACUAAUGCUUGGUGGAAUGGAAAAGAACUUAAAGAAUGGUACUCACUUACGAGGUGACAUUAACAUGAUGAUGGUUGGUGAUCCGUCUGUUGCAAAAUCUCAACUUCUAAGAGCAAUUAUGAACAUUGCUCCCUUGGCAAUAUCAACUACAGGCCGGGGUUCUUCUGGUGUUGGCUUGACAGCUGCUGUUACUUCGGAUCAAGAGACAGGGGAGAGAAGGCUAGAAGCUGGUGCGAUGGUUCUUGCUGAUCGUGGUGUUGUCUGUAUUGAUGAAUUUGACAAAAUGAAUGAUCAAGAUCGUGUUGCCAUACAUGAAGUUAUGGAGCAGCAGACUGUAACUAUUGCCAAAGCUGGUAUCCAUGCAUCCCUCAAUGCACGGUGCAGUGUGGUGGCUGCUGCAAAUCCCAUAUAUGGUUCUUAUGAUCGCUCGUUGACACCAACAAAGAAUAUUGGACUUCCAGACUCUCUGCUUUCUCGUUUUGAUUUACUGUUUAUCGUAUUGGAUCAAAUGGAUCCUGACAUUGACCGUCAUGUCUCAGAGCAUGUGUUGCGCAUGCAUCGGUAUCGUUCUGCAACUGGAGGUGAGGCAAUGCUUGAUGGGAGCUCGGCAUUUGGAAGAGAAGAUGAAACUAAUAACGACUCAUCUGUAUUUGUUAAGUAUAACCGAAUGCUACAUGGGAAAAAAACCGAUAGGGGUCGGAAGCGUGAUACGCUCACAAUCAAGUUUCUUAAAAAGUAUAUUCAUUAUGCAAAGAAUAGGAUUGAGCCUGAUCUGACUGAUGAGGCCUCUGAACAAAUUGCAACAACAUAUGCAGAACUCAGAAAUGCCAGUUCAAAUGCAAAGACUGGAGGAACACUUCCAAUUACAGCCAGAACUUUAGAAACCAUCAUUCGUCUCUCAACUGCUCAUGCAAAAUUAAAGUUGAGCAGAAAGGUUUCAAAGUCUGAUGUUGACGCUGCUCUUAAAGUUUUAAAUUUUGCAAUAUAUCACAAAGAGUUGACUGACAUGGAGGAGCGGGAGCAAGAAAGAGAGCGAGAAUUGGAGAGGAAUGGCAGACCUAACCAUUCCGCAGGUCAGGAAGGAGCUGACCAUUCCGCGGGUCAACAUGAUGGGUCUGGCAAUGGUACUACUAAUAAUCAAGAUUCAACAACUGAACCCAUGGAUGUUGACCCUCGCACUGAAUCUGCUGCUACUAAUAACUCUUCCGAAAGGUUAAAAGCACUUACUGAUGUUUUAAAUCAAGUACGGACGGUACAGCGCGCGGAAAGCAUAUCCGUUGAGGCCUUAGAGAAUGCUGUCAACGACGGAGCAAGUGUUCCUUACUCAAGGACAGAGAUAACCUUCCUAUUAGAGGAACUCCGAAGGAGAAACAUAGUGAUGGUAGAUGGUGGAACAGUGUUCAUAAUAUCGUGAGAGUUUGUAAAGGAUCGCCGGCAACUUGUAAUGCAAGGUAAUGUAUGUUGCUAUAGCUUCACAGCGGAGACGGAUUUGCUUCACAUCCAAGCUACUUGGCCAGCUUUAGUUCUUCAAAAAACAGGACAGUUUUAUACGAUUAUAGCCAAGUCUUGAAUUUCAGGGAGAGCAGAAUUUGGCAACAGAUCGGACCCGUCACGCAUCGGUGGAGGUGAAUACUGAAUUUACUUCCGGUGUUGGCCUCGUGUGUCUUCUUGUCUGUGGUUCUUAGACCUGGAAUUAAGAAGCAGAUUUUCAUUAAUGUCAUGUGUGUUAUUUGCGUA